CGCAUGUUUAUGUUUUUUUAGCAUCUAAUAUGGGUAUCUUUGUUUGUUAUUUGUAACAUGCUAGAGAAAAUGUACAUGUGUGUAACAGUCUUGUAGAUCAACAGCCUUUGAACAGAGGGCGCAUCAAUCAUCUCGACGAGAACUUGGCCCAGGGCUCCGUCGCCUGCGCUCCCUUGAUCGCGAGCGAUGCCGCUGCCUGCUCCGAUCUCUCUGUCGUCUCUCGUCUCGCCUCUCACUUCUCCUGUCAUCACGUCUGUCGUCUCUCCGAUCUCUGCUUCGACUCCUAUCGCGGUCUCUGCGGUGUCGGCGUUCGAGAUCACGGCCGCGAUUCCUUUCGUCUCGAUCAGGACUUCGUCGCCGGUAGUCUCUCUCACGUCGUCGGUCGGGACUUCUACUCCUGUCUCUGCUUCUGCUCCUGUGUCGUCUUCUUUCUCUUCUGUCGUCUCCAUGUCGUCUUGACCUCUCCGGUUUCGCCUCAUCUCUGCCGGUUUCUCUCGGCGGUCUACUCGCAGGACCGACUUGUCGCUUCGGCUCAACUUCCACAGCAUUGGCUCCAGAGGUGUUUCUGACCGGAGGCGGCAGCCCUAGUGCUUGCGCCAUUGCGUCUUCUUCCGCCUCUUUAAUCUUGCGCAAUUCUUCCUUUUGUUCUCGGUCUUGGCGCUCCUCGUCUGUCUCAUUGGAUGACGCCGCGGUGGCCUCAGACUUUGCGUACCAGUUCAGGUCUCUCCCCUUUGCCCAUCUGCCAACAGGGGCUUUGAGACUGUGGCCGAGGUAGUUUUCGCGAUGGUUGGAGUUGGCGACUUCGUCCCAGCUGAAGUUGACGCCACCUCUGGAACCGGUCUUUCGGAUCGUCGAGAGGAGAUCCAUGAUCAGUGUCGUCUAGGUUAUGAAAGAAAAAAUAGGAUGCGUGGAUAGCAAGAAUGCGCUGUGAAAUGUUUAUAACUUUGUCGACUCGCCGCCUAGUUGGAGUCUCGGCAGUACUUGACAGCUGAG